AUGACUUUAACGGGAGAAUCCACCACGUGGCCAAUCACUAACACUAUUAAACCAGCCAGAUGUUUAAUGGUUGGUUUCAAGAAUUUACCAGAUUCUCAAACGAAUAACAAUAAUGUCUUUAGAGUGGCAAUGAACCAAACUCAAAAUCCUUUUAUCCAUAAAGUUCAAGUAAGAUUAAACAACGAUAAUUAUCCUAACCAACCUUUAACAAUUAAUCCAACCACAAAGGAUUAUAAUGAAUUGUAUAGAAACUAUAAAAAUAUGUGUGAAUUAUUUGGAAAUGUACCUCAGUUUGAAUAUGUAGAUUUUCCACUUAAUCAUCCAAUCUUCUGUUUUGUUCUAUCAGCUCACCAAGAAGAUCUUUUCAAAACAGGAGUCAACAUAAAUAUUCAUAUUGAAAAAACACAAGGAGAUGUAACAGUUGAUGAAGCAGAUGAUGAAGUUGAUGAUGAAGAUGAUGAUGAAUAUGAGGAAUCAGAUGAUGAAGAUGAGGAAUCAGAUGAUGAAGAUGAGGAAUCAGAUGAUUAUGAAGAAAAUUAUCCACCAAUCACAGAACAAAUAGACGAAUUGGAAGAGGAGAUAGCUAGUGGACAAGGUAUAACGUUUUUAUCCGACAACAACGAAGAAUUGCUUAAUAGAUUACGAGUAAUAUUAGCGGCAAUGAAGGAAGGACAUCGAUCACACAGACAAUAUAAUGAAGUGAAUUGUAUAUUAAAAAGACUCCUAGAAAAAGGUAUCAUAGAUAAAAAUGAUUAUAAAAGCGUGAUUAAAAAUGUCAAAUAA